AUGAAUGGAAGCAUAUCUAUCUAUCUAUCUAUCUAUCUAUCUGAACAGAAGCAUAACAUCAGUAUCACUAGUGAUCACUCCAAACACUACAGAUCAUCUCUCUCUCUCUCUCUCUUUUUGCCUCUCACUCUUUACAUUUAUUUGUGUUUGGUUACAUUUUGUUUUCAAGUCUCUUUCUCUGUCCAUUUUUCUCUUUUUAUCUCCCUUUCUCUGUUAUGUAUUCAGCUCUCUCUCUCCCUCUCACUCUUUUGCUCUCUCUCUGGUUACGUUUUGUUCUCCACUCUCUUUCUCUUAUCCCUACUUUCUUUCUUUCUUUCUUUCUUUCAUCAAGUAAACCUACUUUCAUUCUUUAGUAUGCCUUGUUUCUUUCUUCAAGUAUGCCUACUUUCUUUUUUUCUUUCUGCCUUUCUUUCUUUUAACAUGCCUUUCUUUCUGGUAUGCUGUCUGUCUUUCUUUCUUUUUUUCUUUCUUUCUUUCUUUUUUUCCUUCUUUCUUUCUUUCUUUCUAAUUUACUUUCUUUUUUUUAGUAUUCUUUCUUUCUUUCUAAUUUACUUUCUUUCUUUUAGUAUUCUUUCUUUCUUUCUUUCUUUCUUUCUUUCUUUCUUUCUUUCAGUCUCCUUUGCUGCAAAAUAA